AGAGUUCAGAAACUGACCCCAAUGUUUUCAAGAUCAUAAUGUCCCAAGACGCUAAAUAUUGUUUCAUAACAUUUAAUAUUAGACCUGAGCUGAAACUACAGAUCAAAUGAAGAGAGUGUUGCAGACAGACAUAAUUCAUCUUCUCAGGUACGAAGCCCAUGAAACAUAUUCAUGAGAAGUUAUUUAAAAAAAAAAAAAAGUCUAUCUGCAGUACGUGUUAUUGCUUUGUUCGUAUUUCUGGAGCUUGGGGUUGUUUUCGGUGCAGGAAGAGCGAGAGCUCAAACAGAGCAUGUUCUUAUUUCCCGUAAGUCUCUGGGAUCACAUGUGCCUUGCAGCAGAUACAUAAGAGCUCGAACACACCCCAAACACUAAAGCCAGCCGCAGGAAAUGUGUUGAGAGGUGGCUGUGAGGAGGUUCUCCUGGAGAACGUGUCAGAUGGAGCUUUAAUGAAGGUCUCCUCUGUGGCAGUCGCAGGUAUGGAGCAGCCGAUGGACAUGGACCGCGGCUUCUUCAGGAAAGUGGACGUCCCCGAUCAUGCACACUACAUAGUGGCGUUUUUCGUGGCCAUCAUCGGGGCAGUGGGAGUGAUCGGAAACAUGCUGGUCAUGUACGCCUUCUUCAGUAAUAAGAAGCUACGGACGCCUCCAAACUACUUCAUCAUGAAUCUGGCAGUGAGCGACUUCCUCAUGGCCAUCACUCAGUCGCCCAUCUUCUUCGUCAACUGCAUGUACAAGGAAUGGGUUUUCGGUGAAAUGGGUUGUAAGAUGUACGCCUUCUGCGGCGCUCUGUUCGGAAUCACAUCCAUGAUCAACCUUCUGGCCAUUUCCAUCGACCGCUACAUCGUGAUCACCAAACCCCUGCAGGCCAUCCGCUGGACGUCCGGACAGCGCACACUUGUUAUCAUCCUGCUGGUCUGGAUCUACUCUCUGUGCUGGAGUCUGGCGCCUCUUAUGGGAUGGAGUUCCUACAUCCCAGAAGGCCUCAUGACGUCCUGCACAUGGGACUAUGUGACGUCCACGCCGGCGAACAAGAGCUACACCUUGAUGCUCUGCUGCUUUGUGUUCUUCAUCCCUCUUGGAAUCAUCUCUUACUGCUACCUCUUCAUGUUCCUCGCCAUUCGUGAUGCAAGCAGAGAUCUGGACAAGCUGGGCAGUCAUGUGAGGAAGACGGCGCUCAUUCAGCAGCAGUCCAUAAAGACUGAGUGGAAGCUGGCGAAGAUCGCGUUUGUGGUCAUCAUUGUGUUCGUGCUGUCCUGGUCUCCUUACGCCUGCGUCACUCUCAUCGCCUGGGCAGGGUACAGCCACGUUCUCACGCCGUACUCCAAGGCAGUUCCUGCAGUGAUUGCCAAAGCAUCAGCCAUCUACAAUCCCUUCAUCUACGCCAUCAUACGCUCCAAGUACAGAGACACGCUGGCUGAGAAGGUGCCGUGUCUGCAUUUUCUGGCCCAGUCGUCCCGUAAAGACUGCGUCUCGGUGUCCAACAGCGAAUCUUCCUUCAAGGAGCCCAUGCUCAGCCGACAGUCUACAGGGUCAAAGGUCAGGUUCCAGCGAGUCUCCUCUAUGUCCACCACAGACACGGUCUGGAGUGAUGUAGAAUUAGAUCCCGUGGACCAAAAGACUCUCAGAAACUCACAUUCAGGCAAUCUGCUCAGAGAUGAAGGAGGGAAGACGCAAACUAGACACGGCAAGACAAAGAACAAGAGGCGACCGGAGGAAAACAUCAGUGAAGAGAAGCCUGCAGUCACAGAAAGCGUCUCUUUGAACGAUUGUAGCCUUGACCUGGUGUCCGAGUCCGUCAACAUGGCCACCGUUCCUCUUCUCAUGGCCAAAAACACUCCAGGGGAGGAACAAGAGGAGAAGGAGGAGUGCAAGGAGGAACGAGAAGAUAGCAAUGCUCUGGCUUUUUACGAAGACACAGAGGAGCCACAAAUCAUUAAAGGUCCCACAUCAGAGCAGACCAGAGAAGACAAACUAAUACUGGACCUUAAGGGCCUGAACUGCUCCGGUGAGCUUCUGGAGUCUGUGGAGAAACUCCUCUCCUGAGGCUGAACCAGAGACCCUGAGGUCCUCUUCUUUACGUCUGUGUUUCACUGAAGACGCUUGAGAACCACAGUCUUCCGCUGGGAGUCUUCACAUCAGCAGUUUAGUUGACAAAGCAAUCGAACCACAUUACUUUGCUGCUAACAGCCAAUAGGAAGAACUAGUUAUGAUGUUAUUCUUACACCCUUCAAAUAUCCCUCACACUUCAGCCACAGUGUAUACUGUAGAAGUAGCUGAAAGAGACACAACACUGUGCACAUUAUGAUUUUAUUUAUUGAAGAGUGUUCUUAUGAAUAUGCAUGACACACGUCAUAAUGAGACUAAAAGCAUUUUUAAUUAAUUUCACUAAAGGAAUAUUCCAGGUUCAAUACAAGCUGAGCUCUACAGACUAAUUUUUGGCUGUCUAUUACCGUCGAAGAUAAUUGUGAAAGAAGAAAUUGCAGUUAUUGCAAUGCAAGUAAACCUGUCAAGUUUAUUUUUUGAGCUCUCCUUUUUUUUUCUUGUCAUGCAUUACCAAAUUAGUUCCAGUGAGUAAUAAUCUAAUAGUCUAAUGUCCUUGCAAUGUUCAAUGUUCAUCGAUGUUGUGGCCAUGACAUUGUAUGUAAUAUCACACUGACAAUGUUCAUACUGUAAGUAAUUCCAUCAAAUUUGGCUCACCUGAACAUGUAUCAUGAAGUUAUAUAGCGUUUAUACAAUACAGGUUUUUUUCAAAGCAGCUUCACAGUAAUAAACAAGAAAAUAACUUCUUAUAUUUUGAAAUGACUUCAAUUUUAGCUACACGUAUAAGCAGCUCUGCAGAAGACAAUAGUGUCACUCUUCAGCUCAAUCCAGUUCAAUGUUGAUUCAGUUCAGUUUAAUGACUGUGUCGAUGUUGCAAUGUUCAUCAGUUACAGAACAAAUUAAAUUUAGCUGUAAAGAAGCUCUACAGAAGACAAUAGUGUCAUUAACCCGCUCAAUGUUGAUUCGAUUCUCCGCUUGGAGAUCAGGAUGUGUUUUGUGGGUGUUUUUAUUUUGGAACAGUUUGUAUUUUAGUAUUUAAUGUCUGGCCUGUGAGCUGCUGUUAUAAGUGUUUUCAUUACAGGGCAAACUGUGAUAGAGCUGAACUUAUAUUGUAUACUUAUAAGUUUAUCCAGAUACUGUCAAACACAUUCAGAUAUAAGAGCAACCUAUUAGACCAGUGUUUCCCAGUAAAGCAUGUUUGAUUGCUCUAUCCCAGCUUUACAUUGUAGGCUUCUUUUGGCUGUACUGUAUGUUCUUCAGCACCUUUUGUGCACAUGAGUCGUCCCAUAACGAAUACAUAGCUAAUCCCGUGGC